AUGUUUCGUAUUGCCAUCAUCGGCGGCGGUCUGGGCGGCCUGUUCACUGCGCUCUCUAUCAAGCACCACUCUCCCUCGAAAGAUAUUCACAUCGAUGUCUAUGAGCAAGCACCCGAGUAUGGCGAGAUCGGGGCUGGCGUGGGCAUUGGGCCUAAUGCCGCAGCAGUCAUCGGAAAGUUGGGACUCAUGGAGGAGGCGAUGAAGAUUGCCGGCAAGCGUGAGGGCGUCUGGCUCUCGUUCCGGCGUUUUGAUACUGGCGCCGAAGUGCACACUGUCAGCACGCCAGCUAAAGGCAAUACCGUCCAGCUGCCGAUGCAUCGUGCUGAGUUUCUGGAGCUUUUGGUGGGCGCAAUUACCGAGCGGGGAGCGGCGACUCUGCACACGAAUAAGCGCUGUUCGACGCUUGAGGACCAAGGAGACACCAUGCUAGUGACCUUCGCAGAUGGAACGAGCACAUCGGCCAACCUAGUGAUUGGGGCUGAUGGCAUCCACUCCGCUGUGCGCUCGCACUACGUGGUAAGAGAUACAAGAUAUGUCGCGCGGGUGUCACUGGCUGACAGCUCACCAGAGUGA